UGGGGGUUUGAGGAAAGAGUCAACGAUGGCUGCCUCCUUAGUGCGAUGGCUCAAGAGGUUGUACGUCUUUGUGCUAAUAUGCCCUCUGUGUGUCCCGGCAUACCUAAAUUUGGAGGAGCUGAAUGAGAUGAAAUAUGGGAUCCAGAUUCUUCCUGACCCCGUCAUAAUGGGCCAGACUAAGACAGAAGAAGUAAUGAUGGUGUCCAGUAAGUAUAAACAACUCUACGAGUGUCGACUUCCAGCCCAGGCAGUCCGGUUUCAUCAGGACCCAGCAUCUGAGCCUGACCCACAGGGAUACGCUGGACCUGACAUCCCAGACCUGCUCAGGCCGAUGCACAAAGCCCCAUGUCUAGUAAAGACCAAGGACUGGUGGACAUAUGAGUUUUGUCAUGGACAGCAUAUCAGACAGUACCACCUUGAAGAUAUGUUUUACCCUUCAGACACAGAAAUCAAAGGGGACAUUCUCUUCCUUGGCUACUAUGAGUCUGAGUUUGACUGGAGCAAUGAAACAGCAAAGGCCUCAAAGCAGCACAAGCUAAAACGAUACCACAGUCAAACUUAUGUAAAUGGAUCCAAGUGUGACCUAAAUGGAAAUCCCAGAGAGGCUGAAGUUCGGUUUGCAUGUGAAGAAGGCUCUGUUGACUACAUCGCCCGUGUAGACGAGCCUCAGUCAUGCCGCUAUGUCCUGACAAUUCACACCAGUCGCACCUGCCAGCAUCCAUUCUUGCGACCACCUUCUACUGCCAAGCCGCAGAGUAUCGUGUGCCAGCCAGCGCUAAGUGCACAGCAGUACAUGGAUUAUGUGAAAGCUCAAGUCUCGGACACGAAGCGUAAAGUGGAACAGAUCUCAGAGGAGCUUAAGAGCAUCGAUGAGAUGUUGGCUGGUAAUGAAGGGGCAGAUGGAACAGUGGAGGUAACAGCAGAGGAGACCUCGACCUCACCCAACAAUGACGGGUUGGAUAUAAAAGAAGAGGCAGAAGAUUCAGACUUCUGGGAGGGAGUCACAAAGCCCGGAAAUCCAAAAACGACAGCCUCUCAGCAGGAUAACGAGGGGGAAGAUGGUAGCGUUAACUCACCAACAGAGAAUGAAGUCAUAGAUGAUGGUGAUGAAGUAGAGAAAUUCAACUUUAAAAUCAUCACUGACCCAGCAGAUCUAAUGAAAUUUGUCCAGCAUCUUAAGGAGAGUAACAGAAAGAAAGCAGAAAACCAAGCUAAAAGCGUUGAAGAGAAAGCAGCGAGCAGGAUGCUAACAGAGAAGCACAUAGAGGAAGAGGAGGAGAAGGACGAGGAUGAAAGGCUGUUAGACGAGUUUGAAGAUGAAAUGGCUGAUCUCUCGGUUCCCUCUGAGAAGAUAGAGGAGAUAAAGGAGGAAAUGCAGAAGGAGUUUGACAACAUCAUAAAUGAGGUUUCAGAACAUGCCGAGCAGGAAUUGGAGACAGAGGGACUGAAAGGAGAAUUUGAUCGCACUCAGGCAACUCAGACACUGGAGACCACACUGGAUAAGCUGCUCGAUCAUCUGGAGGAAAAAGACGCCGAGGACCCAGAACAACAAAUCGUCCAAAGAGCGAGUGACCCAACCAGGGGCAGCCCCAGCCUGGCUCCCAAGCAGCCAGACCAAGCAGCUGAUGACCAUGUUAAGAUCAAAAUUACUAAAUAUAAGACGGGCAGCAGCCCCGAUGGGGAUGUCAAAAUUCAGGAGAUGGGCGAAGGAGACCCCCAGUGGCAGCACAUAAAGGACGUGGUUAAAGAACAGCUAGAGAAGGCAGGACUGAAGGCCGAAGGUAAAAUUGAGGUGAAGAUCUUAACACGAAAGAAUGCAGAAGAGGCGGGGGAUCAAUGGCUGACUGAGGAGGAUACAAAGUCUUUCAGGGAACUGCUCAUAAAUCUCCUGACUGGAGGAACUGAAGAAGUUUAUAAAGAGCAAAAAAGGCAGCAGGAACUGGAGAACAACUACAGGUUUGUGUGGGGAGAAAACCAAGAGGAGUCCCAGUCAACCAGCACAUCUGACUCGGAUGAUGUGGACAUAUGAUCUCACCAAGCACUUUUCAGUGCUACUAUUGGGAUGUUGAACUCCUGUGGAGACCUGUUGGAAGAGGGACUCUGAAGUGGCGUGCCAGUUUUAAAAUAAGAAGAGAGAGCACACACUUGAUUAAAUUAUUGCUGUUAUGUCUGGCAGAUAUCGGCUCAGCUGUUUGCACAUUCAGUGUUGGUGUGUCUUGAAAAGGCAAUAAUGUAGGUGUCAUUGAUGGGCACUGUUCAUAUGUUGCACAAUGAACCCACAUGUCAACUGUGCCUGUACAGUUGAAUGAAGUUAUGCAUUUUGUCUUUUUAGAUGAGAUUCAGUUUUGAUAGAUGGACAAAAUAGCACAGGAAUAUAACAUCAAGUGCAUUUUCAGAAAUACUUCCCAUUUUUACCAGACAAUUACAUUUAGUUAUGUAGUUGUCAACAGCAUUCACUCGGGCACAGUUGUUCUCAUUGUUGCCAUUGACAAAGUCCUUACCUUCAAAGUGACAGAGAUGGAGAUUUUUUUUUUUCUUUUUGUACCUCAACAGACUGAAUCAAGCAUCUGCAGAAUUUGCUCCACAUAUUCACAAAAAUGUAUCCUAAUGUCUGGGAAUGAAAAGCAAAGUACAAAUGCUCAAGAUUUUGUAUUCUAGUUCUUUCUGGGUUCUUUUCUUUGUUCUUAGUUUUUGUUUUGUUUUUUUCUUCAUGGCAUACUUUGUUCAGUGAAAAAUUACAUGUAAAAAUGACUUUGGAUUCCAUAUUUGUUAGUACACAUGCUGAUCCACUUUACAUUUUCAAACAGAUUUUGUAAACUCUGUCAAUUUUCCAAAUACUUUUUUGUUAGGUAGUCGCACACUGUUUAAAAGAAAUCCAAAUGCUCACAGGCAUGCAGAGUAAGUGUCUCAAGUAUGCAUUUUUUGUUUUUUUUGUUUUUUUUUUUGUUUAACAUUUGACCAAAAAAAGGUAAUUUCCUUUGAUAUGGCAAAUUAAAAGAAGACCACUUCAAUGUGGAUGAGAUCCAGAAUACGAAAGUACUUCAGCAGAUACUUAUAGGCUUAGAUUGUAUAAUUUGUGAAUAACUGACUACCUGGAGCUGGAGAUGCACAUAAGUAUUGUGUCAAUAUGCUUUUGGAUUCAUUUGUUGUAUGUGAGUGCAGCUUAAAUGCGGAGCUACCUGAUUAAAAAUGUUUCCAUUUCUUACUGCCUGGUGUGUUUAAAAAAGAAAAGAAGAAAACUGCAUUGUGUGAACACAAUGGAAGUAGUGAGAUAAUCCAGGUAUAUUUAUUUGCAAUAUCGACUGAAUUUACAUCGCAUUUUCCUCCACCCAUGUUACCUUUCUUGUCUAAAUGUUGACGGAUUGUGAGGCUAGUAAAGUUUAAACCUCAGGUGACCAACUUUUAAGACUUGAACAUCAGCCCUCUAGUAAAACUGACAUAAAAAACCUUCAAUUGUAUUCUUAAUUUAGGCUUUGCUCACUUUGUUUUGGCUUGUGAAAAGUAAUCAACUGUUUAAAUUGUCAUCAAUAAUAUUACAAAAAAGGCUAUGUUAAACAUCGCAUAGUUUCCCAAACCACAUAACUGCAUGACUAACUUCUAACUUACCUUUGACAGCAGCCUGUCUUUACAGUCAGUCUGACCUGACUUUCUCUUUUUAUCAUCUGUUUGCAUUAUUUUGCAGUGUGAUAAUAACAUUAGAAAUGAUC